GACGUACAACUUGGCCAAUGGGAACUCUCACCUGCCUACGUCACUCUCCGCCAGGCUCACCUGGGCUUGAUUCAGAGUUAAAGCCAGCAUAGAGUCAAGCGGGUGUGUAACACGUUGUGCGGGGCUGAGUGAGGGCUCGGAUACACACACAUGGGGGGCCACAAGUUACACUUCCCGGCUUUUUGCCUGUGGAGUUUACUUUUCGUUUUACAGCUGUUGACCUCUGUGAGUGCCAGCUCUUCAGCAUGUCAGCCUGGCUUCUCUUCGCACGAGUAUAUCUUUGCUGUGGACCGCAGGGAAUUAAAGAAGGAAAAAAGGCUUGGAACUGUAAAGUUUGUUGACUGCAUGGCUCCAAAACAUGGUAAAUUUGAUGUUGGAGAUCCCCGAUUCUUGGUGCUCGGUGAUGGGAGUUUGAUUGCUAAACGACACCUAAAGCUUCAUGGUGAGGACAUAAAGUUUCAUGUCAAUACAUGGGAUUCUCAAGGCGUAAAAUAUUCUACAGCAGUUACUAUAAAAAGGAUGCAGCGGCCUAAAGGGAAAGCUCAUGGCAAAGGCAAACAACCCUUACUGAUUUUUCCUGAGAAGCCAAGUGGCCUAAAGAGAAGGAAGAGGGAUUGGGUCAUCCCACCUAUCAAUGUGCCUGAGAAUGGGAGGGGCCCUUUUCCCAAAAGACUUGUACAGAUUAAAUCCAACAAGGGAGGAACUAUUUUUUACAGCAUUACCGGGCAAGGUGCCGAUAGCCCUCCUGAAGGAGUGUUCAGUGUUGUGAAGGAGACUGGUUGGAUGAUGGUGAAUAAACCUUUGGACCGUGAACAAUAUGCAUCGUAUACUCUACAGUCUCAUGCGGUAUCAUCGAAUGGCGAGCCUGCAGAGGAACCAAUGGAAAUAAUCAUCCAAGUCCUUGAUCAGAAUGAUAACAGACCCAAGUUUACAGAAGAAGUAUUUAGAGGUUCUGUAAGAGAAGGAGUUCCACCAGGGACUCCAGUAAAAAUAAAUAUAACUGCAACAGAUGAUGAUGACCCAGAAACUGCAAAUGCCAUUCUUGGUUAUUCCAUUCUAAAGCAGGAGCCUGAAGAUCCAGCAGCUGGGCUCUUUACCAUCAAUAGUGUGACCGGUGUUAUCAGUGUGAUUGGGACAGGACUGGAUAGGGAGAGAGUACCAGAGUAUGUACUGACUGUACAGGCUGCUGACAUGGAGGGAAAUGGCCUGUCCACCACUGCAAAAGCAGUUAUCCAAAUUUUAGACACCAAUGAUAAUGCCCCAGUUUUUGAUCCUGUGAAGUACAUAGCACUUGUACCGGAAAAUGAAGUUGGAUUUGAAGUUCAGAGGUUGACUGUAAUUGAUCUGGAUGAAGAGAAAACACCCGCAUGGCGUGCAGUUUACAAGAUAAGAGGAAAUGAAGGAGGAUUUUUCAGCAUUGCCACAGACAAAGAUACAAAUGAAGGCAUUCUGACUACAGUCAAGGGUUUGGAUUUUGAGACCAGGAAGCAGUUUGUGUUGCAGAUCACAGUAGAGAAUGAAGAACGUUUUGCUGUCCCUUUGCCAACCUCAACUGCUACAGUGACUGUGAAUGUGGAGGAUGUAAAUGAGGCUCCAUUCUUCAUCCCACAUGUCAACCUGGUGGAGGUUUCAGAAGACUUGCAACGUGGGGGGCAGAUAACUGCUCUAGUUGCUCAGGAUCCUGACAAGCAGAAGAACCAAAAGCUCAAGUACAAAAUUGGUAAUGAUCCUGCUCGGUGGGUCGCUGUAAAUGAAGACACUGGCAUUGUCACUGGAAAUGGCAACCUGGAUAGAGAGUCUGAAUUUGUCAAGAACAACAAUUACACGAUCAUUGUGAUGGUGGUUGAUGAUGGCGUUCCAUUUGCAACUGGUACUGGUACGCUUGUUCUGCAAGUGCUUGAUGUCAACGAUAAUGGUCCUGUCCCCAGCCCUCGUGCUUUCACCAUAUGCAGCAGGCAACCUGAGCCAUAUGAGUUUACAGUCUCUGAUGCGGACAUUCCCCCAAACACUAACCCUUAUGAGGUAGAGCUCACUCAUGGCUCUGAUGUGACCUGGACUGCUGAGAUAAAAGGAACAAAUUCCAUGUUUCUUCAACCCAAAGAAGAACUGAAAGCUGGAGACUACAAUAUAUAUGUUCGCUUAUUUGAUGCUCAAAAGCGGGCCCAAGUCACCGUUGUCAAUGCUACAGUGUGCAACUGUGAAGGCAGUAGUAUCUCUUGUCAAGAUAAGAUUGUUGCUGGUUUUGAUCUACCCAUUAUCCUGGUCAUUCUGGGGGCUGUUUUGGCACUUCUAAUCCUCAUCCUGCUACUUCUGCUGUUCUUAAAGAGGAAGAAGGUGGUAAAGGAACCUUUGCUACUGCCAGAGGAUGAGACGAGGGACAAUAUUUUCUAUUAUGGUGAAGAGGGAGGAGGAGAGGAAGAUCAGGAUUAUGACCUGAGUCAGCUCCACCGUGGACUAGAUGCACGACCUGAUGUUAUGAGGAAUGAUGUGGUCCCGACCCUAAUGCCUGCUCCACAGUACAGACCCCGACCCUCAAACCCUGAUGAAAUUGGAAACUUCAUUGAAGAGAACCUCCAUGCAGCUGAUAAUGACCCCACUGCUCCACCAUAUGACUCCCUCCUUGUGUUUGACUAUGAAGGAAGUGGAUCAGAAGCGGCUUCUCUUAGUUCCAUAAACUCUUCAAGCUCAGAUGCUGACCAGGAUUAUGACUGUCUUAGCCAAUGGGGUCCUCGCUUCCGGAAAUUGGCAGACAUGUAUGGUGGAGAUGAAGACUAGUUUGUUGACAAGGAGAGUGAACAGUGAUAAUGUGUCCAAAGUAGAACUUCUACCACAUCGCCUUAAACAAAACACCUUUUGUUUUUUACAUACAGCUGAGGAAUAGCCACUUCAUAUUGUACCUUGAACCACUACAUGUAUGUUUUUUUUUUUUUCCCUUUUUUUGGCUUUUAUGCCUGACAAGCUAUGUGCAUUAUAAAACCAAAAUUUGUCCAGGAUGGCUUGGCCAAUCUGUAGUGCUUAGUAAGUGCAAAGAUCCAAAAUCCAGUGCUGCUCAAACUAAAAUAUCGCUCAGUUGUGCCUUUCUUCAGAGGCUUUGGAUGAUAUGUUACUUGUUUGCCUUGGUUUUUAGAAUCAGAUCUAUCAUGCUUAAAGAUGACAUUGGACUUUUCAACUCCUUCACACUAACCCUUGACUCUUGUCCACACAAGAACAGAGUGCAUAACACUGGAAUGAAGCUUGGACUAAAAAGCCUUUAAACCACCGCACAGGUUUAAUGCAGGCCAUACCUUCAAGUGUCUGGGAGAAGACCUAACUUAAUGGUGGUGGUUCAUUGGAUAAUGAGAUCACACCAAAGCCUUGUUGACAUCAAAGACCCCUUAUUUUAUUUUCUAAACAUUCUCAUGUCAUUGUAGUAGGGUAGAUCUUAUUCAUUUUUUUUAUUUGUUUUUUUCUUCCCCCACCCACACACAAUUUGGGUUAUCACAGCAGGUUUUAUAUUGAUUAUUUUUCAUCUUUGUGUACUAUUUAUAGAAAUUGUUUUCUAACUUGUGUUUAAACUUUCAAGAAAAGAUUUGAUGUAAAGUACCUAAAUACAUUUUAUUAAAGGUUUGUCUCUGUGUUUUCCUAACCUGCUCUAGACUUA